UGUUUAGCAUCCCUCCAAGAAUGUUGCAACACUAAAUCAGCUUUUAUUUUGAAAGGCCCCACCGGAAGCGCCGCUGUUCCCGUGUGUGACUUGACCGCGAGAGCAGGGAGGCUACAGCCAGCGAGCUCCGAGCGGGCUGCGGAGGAUGUCGACCCCGCAGCGGGGACCAGCUCCGGGCGGGAUGCUUGUGUCCAGCCGGCUGCUCCUCGCCCCGUCGCCCCGCGCCUGCAGCCGCGUGCACCUAUGAUGACGCCCCCGCUGAUGAAGCCCCGAGCUGCCCGAGUGAGGCGGAGAGUGGCCGGAGACAGAGAGCAUGUACUGGCGCGUUGGGUUCGCCUGGACGCGGUCGUGUGUGGUUGAUCUUGGCCAGAACCAGAGCUUCUCCUCCGGCCUGCUGGGCCCCGAUGAGCAGCUCUCGUUUUAUGGGUGCAUCAUCGCCUACCCUCUGCAGGACUACGGCGGGAUCAUGUCAGCGCUGGGCUCGGACUCGUGGUGGCGGAAGACGCUGUAUCUGACCGGAGGGGCUCUGCUGGCAGCUGCUGCUUAUCUGCUGCACGAACUGCUGGCCAUCAGAAAGGAGGAAGAGCUGGACUCUAAAGAUGCCAUCAUACUCCACCAGUUCUCCAGACCCAAAACUGGCGUCCCAUCCCUGUCCCCUUUCUGCCUUAAGAUGGAGACCUACCUCCGUAUGGUUGAUCUGCCCUAUAAGAACUACUUUGAUGGGAAGCUUUCGCCACAGGGAAAGAUGCCGUGGAUUGAAUACAACCAGGAGCAGGUGUGUGGCACCGAAUUCAUCAUCGACUUCCUGGAGGAGAGGCUGGGCGCGAGCCUCAACAAGAGCCUGACGCCGCAGGAGAAGGCGGUGUCUCGCGCCAUCACCAAAAUGGUGGAGGAGCAUUUCUACUGGACCAUAGCUUACUGUCAGUGGGUGGACAACCUGGAGGAGACCCAGAAGAUGCUAUCAGUGAGCGGGCCACUGAGUGAUCUGCUCAAGUGGAUCCUGAGUCACCUGACCGGCGGGAUUGUCAAGAGGGAGAUGUACGGGCACGGGAUUGGACGAUUCUCUGAGGAGGAAGUUUACGCCCUGAUGGAGAAGGACAUGCGCACCCUGGCCACUCUGCUAGGUGAUAAGAAGUAUCUGAUGGGCUCUAAGCUUUCGACAGUAGACGCUGCAGUGUUCAGUCACCUGGCCCCGGCUAUGUGGACGCUACCAGGAACACGGCCGGAGCAGCUGAUCAAAGGUGAGCUCAUCAACCUGGCCAUGUACUGCGAGCGCAUCCGCCGGCGUUUCUGGCCCGAGUGGUUCGUGGACCUGGAGGACUUCUGCUACAGUGACACCACAGAGAGCAGCGACGCGCCCUCCAAACUCCCCGACCUGGGCCUCUUCUCCUGCACGGACACUUUCCACGACGACACACACACGCACACCUCCCAGGCUCACACACCAAAGGACCCCAUGUCGCCGGACAGCGACCCUACAGGCCACUCGCUGUAUGACUCUGACAUGGACACGGAGUGCUCUGAAAUCGACCAGCCCAAGUGUUGACGAAACGUACAUGUGUAGUACACGCCACACAUACGCACACCACAGGAGGGAGCUGCGUCCCGCCUGCACACAUGCCCCCUACCUCUCUGAUCAGAACAUACCUGGGGAGUGUUGUUAGUGUCUCCUGUGUCAGUGGAGACGUUGAGGAGGUCUCACGUGCAUACUGUAUUGGAGGAACUACUGCAGCAGAGGGAGUGAGACAGAUAGAAAUGUAAAGUUUCAGUGGAGGGAGAGAGAACAGAGAAGAAGCAGUACAAGAUUAGAAAAACACCAGGAGUAAAUGACGCCACUGCUGAGAAACUCCUCCACGUGGUCACCUGCAGUCACCGCCUGUUGUCACGUCGCCGAUUCCACGGCAACGACAUGUGCUUGACCCCCGAUGUCCCUCGUAGCAACUUGCACCGCCCAGCCUCGUGUGUUUUAACUAACUGAACCCUUAACGCCUUGUGUUGACAUGACAUCGUAGGGACCUGUCCAGGGAUUCAUGAUUCAUGUGAAUGAACUCAGUGUAAAUAUAUAAAUGGAUCAGAUUUAUUACAUUGAUUAUAUAUGAGUAUAAAUAGUAUAGAUAGCCUGCAGAUAUAGAAUCACCCCCUCUGUCAUAUGGUGUAAAUACUGUAGGUGUUUCUCCUUCAGAUUGUCUUGUAGUAGUCUCCAUGAACGCCCACCCUGCUGGUCUAGGAUCAGUACGAGGACCUCCUGUGUUUGUCUCUGCAGCUGGGAUGUUACAGUAAUGCCUGCUGCCCAUGUUUAAGUAGUGCAGUAAAAGUUCAUGAAAGAUAAUGGGUAGUAAACUGCAAUCUGCCGUAAGCACUUAUUGUUAUUAAGACAAUUGUUUUGCCAAAAAAAAUUAAUGAUAACAAUAAUUUGUCCCUGCAUUAGAAGCAUAAUGUGGCAACAUACAUUGUCAGGUGCCUGUGUUGUUUGGAUGAGAGAUGUUCCGAUACCAAUUUUCCUUUCCGAUACUGCCUGAGCUGGCGAAUAGGCUGAUACAGAGUACCGUUCUGAUACCAUCCAUCCAUUUUCAUCCGCUUGUCCAAGGCCGGGUCAGGGGGCAGCAGGCUGAGCAAAGUACUCCACACGUCCCUCUUCCCAGCGACGCUUUCCAGCUCCUCCUGGGGGACCUCAGAGCGUUCCCAGGCCAGGUGAGAUGUAAUCCCUCAAGCGUGUUCCGGGUCUGCCCCUGGGCCUUAGAUGCCCGAACCACCUCAACUGGCCCCUUUCGACUCAAAGGAGCAGCGGCUCUACUCCGAGCUCCCUCCACAUGUCCGAGCACCUUACCCUAUCUCUAAGGCUGAACCCAGACACCCUUCGGAGGAAACUCAUUUUGGCCACUUGUAUCUGCGACUUCAUUCUUUCAGUCACUACCCAGAGCUCAUGACCAUAGGUGAGGGUUGGGACGUAGAUGGACAAUAGCUUUGCCUUCUGGCUCAGCUCCCUCUCAACCACGACGGUCCGGUGCAGAAGCCGCACCGACCUGCCGAUCCAUCUCACAAUCCAUUCUACCGUCACUCAUGAAUAAGACCCCGAGAUACUUGAACUCCUUCACAUGAGGCAGUAACUCUCUCUCAGUUCGACAUAGAUUUUGCCAAAUUUCUGACAUUUUGCCAACGGCUAACGAAACACUGUUUACCCAGAAAGCAAUUCUUCACUGCUCUAAAAAAGUAGAUGCCAGUGGAUGCACUGCAGAACUGCGAAACUACUUUAAGACUUAUCAUUAAAUUACAUGCUAUCGGAUCGGUGCUUAGACUUGAAUACUCGCGGAUACUCGAUCCAGCAUUUUAGGUGGUAUCGGAAACAUUUCAGAUACUGAUAUUGGUACUAGAACAACUCUAGUUUAGAUCGUCAUUGAGGACAGUAGCUUAAGGUCAACUAGACAUUCAUGCAUCUGAGCAUUGAGAGCGAGUCAAACAAUCAUGUAGAAAUAGAUGACAUAGAUAUAUAGUCUGAAUGAAAGUGCAUGGCUGGUACGUGCCAGUGAAACGCUCCCUUUACACUCCACGUAGAUGAUAUUUACAUUUCUUUAGCUGGCUUAUUUAUUCUGUUUUGAUGAUGCAAUUUGUUUGUCGGUGCCUCUCGAUGAAUCAGCCACACAAAGAAGUAGCCAUCCUGAAAAAUAAGUUUUUGUUUACACAGAUGCUGUGUGAUUUAAAUUGAGGGAUUGAUGUACAGCAAUAACAGAGCAGACGCAGGUUAAUAUGCUGGGCUGUGUGGUGUUCGGGGUGUGUGACGGUUUCAUGUGUGUUUGUCACUCAGCAAAUGCACAUUCAAACUUACUGUGUGUGAAGGCGACAAAUGUAGAUGCAAACAAAGGGGUGUACAGUUACAGUAUGUUUGCUUCUGUCCAUGUUGCACGUGCAUGAGUCACCUUCUGUGUGUGAUGACGGCACACGGACUCACAGCCGAGCCUUUCCUUCCCAACACACACACACACACACACAAACUGUCAUGGUUCAGUUCAGUCAGGUGGUAGAAGUUACUUUGCAAGCGAAUCCAUUGGAAUGAAUAGAAAUCACUGCGAAUCGUAAUGUGACCAGGCCUUAAUGCAGAUAUACACUGUUUGCACUGGCAUAAUUUGAAUCAAGAAAGUGCAGCAAUGUAAUGCCAAAAAUAUGUUUAACUUGGAAACUGUCCCCAUGACAUCAUUUGUCCACUAGAGGGCACUGACAAGUUUAUUUCUUACUGCAACAUGUCACGUGCUCAGUCAGUACACGUCUUUUAAAACUAAACCAAGAACUUAGAAUCAAUAUCUUGACCAGUAUUUUUUAAACACAUACAUUUUAAGGAAGUCAUAAUGGCCAAGAUAUUAUUCAUAGAUUGUUUUAAACUCUAAAAUUCAGCACCAGUCAGGCACUGUGUGAACAAAACAUUUAUAAUGUGUUAAAAAUACGUAGCAUUAAAAUGUAGCAGUAUAUUGUGAAAAAGGAAUUAACAGUAUGACAUGAUAAAUCUGACACUUAGAAAAGGGUUGGGUUUUAAGGGUUGUAAAGAUGCAGUUGUGACUCUGAUGUCAUUUGUUUAAAGGUAUACUACGCAGGAUUGUCGGUUACUGAAAGCCAACCACAGAUUCACUCAGCUUGGCAUGUAGCCUCGCUGUAUUUGUGUUUUUUCGGUGCCACGUCAACAGUUUUCGUAGCUUCUUCUUGUGUGCAACCAUGGGGGGAUUAUGAGACAAUGGGCCCCUGGGUACAGAUAUGCAAACAGCCCCACCACCUCUCUUACAUACGGGCAAGACACAAACUUUGAGGCAGUUUUGCCUCUUUUUUUGUUGUUUUGCAAAUGGAAAAUACAGGCAGAGAGUUGAGUUUCUGCAGAUAAAUACACCACCACAUACUGAGAGUGGGUCGUAAGUGACGAUUGAGAGGGAUUAAGGUGCAUCUGUAUUGGUUUAUACAUUGGUUUUUAAGGGAAAAUCCUGCGUAGUAUACCUUUAAGUAAGACCAUGAUGUUGAUGGGUGCCAUAGCAUGAUGCUUAAAAAUCUGUGCAGCUCCUUUGCUUUAAGGCAUUCUGGGUUCUCUAGUUGACAAAAUAACGUCAACAGCAUCAAUACUUUGGGCUAUAAAUGAAAGCCUUUAGUAAGGAGAUGAUAAAGGCUUUGUGUGUGCGUGCUGCAGAUUAAUUUCCAAACAGUAAUAUCGCCUGAAACUGAAAAAACGAACUUUGAUUCUGUGUCUUAAAACCCGUCGCCUGCAUGUUCUUGCCUUCUCUCAACAUUAGUCAGACUGUUUACUUUAUAUCAGUGCCAGCAUACGACUUAUGUUUUUAUAUAUGUCAUGUUAAUUUAUUAUUUAUUAAUCUCAUGUUAAUAUUUAUUGAUUUCAAUGGUGGAUGUGCUUGAAUUUAAGAGACACUUUUAAUCGUUUUUGCACUUAUCUUCUUCUGUUUACACGUGUUUCUCUUCUGUGGCUGAGAGUCAAUCAAGUGUAUUGAUCCGUGUGUUUGUGCAAUACUGUAGAUUCUCUGACGUCCACUGAAACAGCUGCAUAUCUUCAUGUUGCCAGUCAUUGCCGUAGUUGCAUGUGUGUCCAUGAUUUUGAGAUGUCAUGUGCUAAAUGUUAUAUUCAUAGCAUCAUAUUGAAACCAUUGUGUUCAGAUGUUACAGUCCCUCAUGUGCUGCAAAAAGAAACCCCUGAGGAGGUUUUACCCUGCAGAGCUUCACGUCCAGUCGAAACCAUAACAACGAAAUAUUGAGGUAAAAAACCGAACUCGUUGCUCGAGCUCAGAUCAGCACGGUGAGGUCAUCCGUCCUGCUGAUCGGCUGAUGAUCGGUGUCCCUCUGUAAGCUCACCCAGCGCAGGAGAACUGCAACUUCCAGAUCAGUCUGUGGGCGACUUCAUUUGUCUCAGUGUUCCUCGGCAGUUAGAGGUCAGAGGUCGGGGUUCGGCCCCGCAGUGUGUGUGUCGCUCUCCAUCGAGAUUUCUGCUUGUAGACUUUAGAAGCCAUAUUGUCUCUGUGGUGUUGUGUGAGCUGAAACACUUGUGGUAUCUCAUCAAACUGUAAAUAAGUGAGCCGGGGGGGAAAACAUCAAAUUAAUGUGGUCUAAAAGAAAAUCGCUCUGUACUCAUUAAAAAGGUUCUUAUGAAUGUAUCAUACCUAGAGAUAAAAGCUGUAUGACAAUGGACUCCUCAUAAUAUUUCAUUAAAUAUAGCUGUGGUAUUUUCCUCUUGUUUUGUUUCAGUUAUUGUGUUGAAUUGUGCAUGAAAAACCACAUUUAUAUAGUGGUGCUGUCAGUGGUGCUCCUGAGUAGGGGCCAGGGGGG